AUGAAAUUUUUUUAUCAAAAUAUAAAGAAAGAGCCAUGCUCUAUAGGAAUGGAUAAUUUUCGUAGAAUGUCUCUACCUUUUGUACAAAAUAGCAUGCAUAGAUCAAUUUUUAUAAUGAAUUCCCAGUUUUUUGCAUCGUAUGUGGAUAUCGAUUUCGCUCACUCUAGCUAUCUAAAUAAAAAAACAAUUAAGACUGUUGUUUUUAUAAAAAAUAUUCAGGAAUUUGUUAGGAAAAUUGUUAAGUUAAUUGUGAUAACUGUUAAGUAA